UACGGUAAAAUCUCAAGUGUAAUCAAUUGUACUUUUUAUCUCUCAUUACAUGAAGUGAUGAGAGAAUUCGAGAUAUGCAAUCGGUCACGGGAUGGAAUAUCUCCCCUCAUACUUUACUUAACAUUAUUUAUAGCUUCUCUCCAUAACCAUGAUGCCUCUUCUCUCUUACUUGAAAGUGGAGUAUGAUAGUAGCUAGCUAAGAAACUCUACAGUACCAAAGCUAGCUACACAUUUUCUGUGACAUUUUGAUCACUCAAGAACCAACGUUAUGGCUACUGUACGGAAACUGAUAGUUGAGGUUGUCGAUGCUCGAAAUCUGUCGCCGAAAGACGGGCACGGGACGUCGAGCCCGUACGUGGUGAUGGACUACUACGGGCAGCGGAAGCGGACGCAGACAAAGAUACGAGACCUAAACCCCGUGUGGAACGAGUUGCUCGAGUUCAACGUUGGCAAGCCUUCCGAUGUUUUUGGGGAUGUGCUGGAGCUCGAUGUCCACCACGACAAGAACUACGGACCCACCCGGAGGAACAACUUCCUCGGGAGGAUCCGACUGAGUUCCACUCAGUUUGUCAAGAAAGGCGAGGAGGCUUUGAUUUAUUUCCCAUUGGAGAAGAAGAGCUUCUUUAGUUGGAUUCAAGGUGAAAUUGGCUUGAAGAUUUAUUACGUCGAUGAGGUUGUCCCGCCGCCUGCACCACCAACACCGCCGCCUCAAGCGGAAGAGCCAAAGGCUGAAACUGCACCGCCUCCGUCGUCGGAGGCGCCGCCGCCACCAGAAUCUGACUCAACCCCACCACCAGGCGAGAAGGAAACUAAGGCGGACCCACCACCGGAAGCAGAACAAGCACCGCCACCGGAAGGUGAGAAGCCCGCCGAAGAACCACCGACUGAGGUGGUGCCACCACAGGAAACUGUAGCUCCUGAAGAUGUACAGUCUGAUCCUCCACCGGGGCCGACGUCAACACCACCACCACCCACUGAUGAUGCAAAUCAUGAUCAAGGGGAUCCGCCGCCGCCGCCACCACCUGAAGCAGCCAUGCAACGUGAACCCGAAAUAGAGAUGAUUGGAGCCGCCGUAUCGAAAUCAGUUCCAGAUGUCAAAUUCCAUGGAAUCAACGGCCCACAGCCAAUGCCAAGGCCACCAGUAAUGAACUAUACGUCGCAGCUGGAGCCAACAGAAAGCAUGUCGAUGGAUCGGCCGUCGUUUGAUCUGGUGGAGAAGAUGCACUACCUCUUCGUCCGAGUGGUGAAGGCGCGCUUCAUUCCCUCCAGCGGCAGUCCGAUCGUUAAAAUCUCCACUGCCAACCACCAUAUCACGUCCAAACCCGCCAGAAAAACCCAAUGCUUCGAGUGGGACCAGACCUUCGCCUUCGCCCGCCAAUCCCCCGACCAAUCCGACGCCUCCAUCCUCGAAAUUUCAGUGUGGGACCCGCCCAUGUUUGACCCCGCGACCGCCUCGGUUGCCUCCGGGCAUCACUUCCUCGGUGGAAUCUGUUUCGACGUGACGGAAAUUCCCCUGAGAGACCCGCCCGACAGCCCCUUGGCCCCGCAGUGGUACAGGCUGGAGGGCGGCGGGGCCCGCAUGAACGGCGACCUGAUGCUCGCCACGUGGAUGGGAACUCAGGCGGACGAUUCGUUUCCCGACGCGUGGAAGACCGAUACAGCCGGUAACCCAAACGCGCGAGCCAAAGUCUACCAAUCGCCGAAGCUGUGGUAUCUCCGAGCAACAGUCCUCGAAGCCCAAGACGUUCUCCCCAUGACGCCGUCGUUGACGGAGUCAUCUGUCCAAGUCAAAGCCCAGCUCGGAUUCCAGUCCCUCAAGACCGACCCCGCAGUCACCCAAAACGGCACGCUGUCGUGGAACCAAGACUUGAUGUUCGUAGCCGCGGAGCCGUUCAGCGAUCGUUUAAUUUUCACUGUAGAGAAUCGGCUAGCGAAAGGACCGGUCACAUUGGGGGUGGCUACAAUACCCCUUACCGCCAUCGAACGACGCGUCGACGACCGCAAAGUGGCUUCGAGAUGGUUCUCAUUGGAGAGCCCAGGCGAGGAAGACCAGAAGAAGAGGACGGUGUACAGAGGCAGAAUGCACCUGCGCCUCUGUUUCGACGGCGGGUAUCACGUGAUGGACGAGGCAGCGUACGUGUGCAGCGACUACCGGCCCACCGCGAGGCAGCUCUGGAAGCCGCCGCUGGGCACCGUCGAGCUCGGCGUCAUCGGGUGCAAGAACUUGAUACCUGUCAAGACGGUGAGCGGUAAGGGAUGUACGGAUGCGUAUUGCGUGGCAAAAUAUGGAUCCAAAUGGGUACGGACACGGGCCGUGUGCGAUAGCUUGGAGCCCAAAUGGAACGAGCAGUAUACGUUUAAAGUAUACGAUCCGUGUACGGUGUUGAGCAUCGGCGUUUUUGAUAGCUCUGGACCGGGAUUCAAAAUCGACGGCUCGACAGAUGCCACGCGUCCCGAUUUUCGUAUCGGGAAGCUCCGCUUGCGUAUUUCGACGCUGGCUACGGGUAGAGUAUACAGAAAUACGUAUCCGCUGUUGCUUUUGUCUCCCGCCGGUUUGAAAAAAAUGGGGGAGGUGGAGGUGGCCAUACGGUUUGUUCGAGUGUGUCCGACGUUGGAUUUGAUCCACGCGUACUCGCAGCCUUCACUGCCGUUGAUGCACCACAUAAAGCCGCUAGGUGUGAUGCAACAGGACCUACUGCGCAGGGCGGCGGUUAAGAUCGUCGCCGCACACCUGUCUCGCUCGGAACCGCCGCUCGGGCGCGAGGUUGUGAUUUACAUGCUGGACGCGGAUUCGCAGGGAUUCAGCAUGCGGAAAGUGCGCGCCAAUUAUUUCCGGAUCAUCAAUGUCGUAGCAGGGGUUGUGGAUGUCGUAGCGUGGAUAAACGACACGCGUUCUUGGAAGAAACCGAUGGCAACGAUUCUUGUGCACGCACUGCUGGUGCUGCUCGUUUGGUUCCCGGAUCUGAUCGUGCCCACCCUGUUGUUUUACGUGUUUGUGAUUGGCGCGUGGAACUACAGGUUUCGCUCUCGGGCCCCACUCCAGCACUUUGACCCGAAGCUCUCGCUGGCGGACAACGUUGACCGGGACGAGCUGGACGAGGAGUUUGAUGCGGUGCCGAGCAACAGGCCGUAUGAGGUGGUGCGGGCGAGGUACGACAAGCUUAGGAUGUUGGGGGCACGCGUGCAGACCGUGCUGGGAGAUUUUGCAACGCAAGGGGAACGAGUGCAGGCGCUGGUGACGUGGCAGGAUCCGCGGGCGACGGGGAUCUUUGUGGUGUUGUGUUUGGUGGUGGCGAUGAUACUGUACGUGGUGCCGUCGAAGAUGGUGGCGAUGGCGUUUGGGUUCUAUUAUCUCCGUCAUCCGAUAUUCCGUGAUCGGAUGCCGUCGCCGGCUUUGAACUUCAUUCGACGGCUUCCGUCGUUGUCUGAUCGCCUUUUGUGAGAUUGAUUAUUUCAUCAUGUUUUUAAUUAAUCAAGCUUAAGCUUCUGUUUUGUAACGUUUGGAUAAUCAACUGCUUUUGCUUAGGCAAAGCAAGUGAAGUAACAUUAAUAAGCAUGUGUAUCUAUAAUUCUUGUAAGAUACAUAUAUGUAAUGCUUUUUGGUACA